AUGAAGUUAAAGACGGUUCAUGAACCGUUCGCCGUCCUCCGCGAAAUAAAAAUAAAGCGUUACGCGAGCACCGCGUGCGUCGUUUCGGCGAUGCAGCGAUUCCGUCGUAUGGUACGGGCCACGGGUUUGCUUGGUAACGUUCCAAGGAGUGACGGCGCGCUCUGGGAGAGGGUCCGAUGGAGCGGUGGAAUGUCAUUAGUCUGCUUCGGCACUACUGGUCUAUUCACUACGUUAAAUACUUUGUCAUCGUUGCCAAUCGAGAGCUUGCGUGUGACCACG